AUGGACCGCGACACCAGGAUAAUCACCCCUCGUGAGGUCGAGGGCCUCAUCGCCGACGGCAAGGUCAUCGUCAUCCUCGACGAGAUGGUGCUUCGCCUCGACAGCUGGCUCCAGAAGCACCCCGGCGGCCGCUUGGCUAUCCUGCACAUGGUGGGAAGAGAUGCGACCGACGAAAUCAAAGUGUAUCAUUCGGCGGCCACACUGAAGACCAUGAAGGCCUUCCGGAUAGGCCGGAAGCCUGCGGGUCCUUGGGUCAACAUGACACCACCAAUUAGGGGCGGUGUCUACACCAAGCAAGACACCACGCCUGCAGAUGCAGCCGCAGAUGUCUCCGAUGCCCCUGCCGACAUCGUCGAUUGCCCCUCGUCGGAUCUCGACGAGGAUUCCACAGACGAUGCCGUCAGCGAAGUCUCCGAUGGGACCUCCCGCACAUCCCUGACAUCCGACUGCAGCUCUGCCGAGGAGGACGUCAAGGUCCAGGACAAGGUCGACACCGGCAUCCGGAGACGUCUCGCCGCCCACGGCGAUCUUCAAGACUUCACCGAUGAUGGCCUCAAGCUGUCCAGCCGCAGCCAGGCCCCCAAGACCGCCGCUGAGUUCACCGACUGGGCCAUGCAGCAGGGCAUCGAGAAGGAUCUCGACGAAUACCCGUCUCUCGACCCUGCCGUCCAGCAAGAUAUCCAGGCUAAGUACCGCGCCUUGCACGAUCGCAUCCAGGACGCCGGUCUCUACGACUGCCCUUAUCUCGACUACGGCAAGGAGAUGGCCCGUUACACGACCUUGUUCGUGUCUUUCCUCAUCUUCCUCCACUACGAGUGGUACAUGACCUCGGCUUGCUUCUUGGGUCUCUUCUGGCAUCAAAUCAUGUUCACCGCCCACGACGCUGGCCACGGUGCCAUUACGCACAACUUCUCCUUCGACACCCUCAUUGGUCUCUUCAUUGCCGACUUCUGCUGCGGUCUGUCUAUGGGAUGGUGGAAGAGCAGUCACAAUGUCCACCACCUCAUCACCAACCAGCCUGAACACGAUCCCGAUAUCCAGAACGUCCCUCUCUUCGCGACGUGCCCUUCUUUCUUCAAGUCCCUUCGCUCCUCCUACUACGACUUCACCUUCGUCUGGGACGCCGCCGCCGACUUCCUCGUCCAGUACCAGCGCUUCACCUACUACCCUGUCAUGGGUAUCGCGCGCUUCAACUUGUACCUCCUGUCGUGGCUUCACGUCCUGUCGACCAAGUCCUCUGCUCUCGGUAACAGCAAGGCCUGGUGGAUUCGCCCGACCGAGAUCGCCUUCAUGGCUUGCUUCUGGUACAUCUUCGGCUACCGCCUUAUCCUCUGCACGCUGCCCACCUGGCCCAUCCGUGUCGCCUUUGUCCUCGUCUCCCACAUCAUCACCAUGCCGCUCCACGUCCAGAUCACCCUCAGCCACUGGGGCAUGUCGACCUCGGACCUCGGCGAGAGCGAGUCUUUCCCUCAGCGCCAGCUGCGUACCACCAUGGACGUCGACUGCCCUGCCUGGUUGGACUUCAUCCACGGCGGACUCCAGUUCCAGGCCGUCCACCACCUCUUCCCCCGCGUGCCCCGUCACAACCUGCGCAAGGCCCAGGUCUUUGUCCGCGAGUUCUGCGCGGAUACCGGUAUUCCUUACUCUAUUUUGAGCUUUGUUGAUGGAAACAAGAAGGUUUUGGGUAGACUCGAGGAAGUCAGUGAUCAGCUCAGAAUCAUGCUCAACUGCCAAAAGUACAUGGCGGAGACGGGCGAGAGCGGGCUGCAUUAG